AUGGUGAAGGUGCUGGAUAUCCUGGUGAUGGGGGUGAUGACACUGGUGGUGGAGAGGGUACUGGUGGAGGAGGGGGCUCUGGUGUUGGAGAUGGCACUGGUGGUGGAGGAGCGAGGGAAGGAUCCACAUCAUCAGAUGCCUGGCGUUCACCAGGGGGAGCAGCUGGCAUGUGGCACCCUGGACUGCCGACAUGUGGUCCACCAGCGUAACCUGGACUUGGACACCGAGCUGUUGCAUGGGCAUGGGCGUGGGCGUGGGCGUGGUCUGGAGAAGGCUCGGGUCAUCAGGGAGGGCGUGUUGAGGUGGACUUUUCCCGCUCGCACGCCCACACGCCCACCUGCCUCCAGUCGUAACUGGCAUCCCCAACACUCCUGGUCAACACAGUUUCAGAAUGUACCUGAUUAUAGUGUGCCUGAGAUGGAGGGGGUGGUGUCAGAGGAACUACGUCAGCGUAUACAACGUGUUCUCACCUUCCCCAUGGGGCGUACCCAGGGCGAGGAGUCUACUACGGAUACCACGCCCACCACUGCCCACGACAACAGGACCCCAGCUGGAGGACUACUCCAAGACUACUUGGACCAGCUGGAGCCUGAGGGAGAGGAUGACGACGAACUCAUGUUUCAAGGAUCAGAGAGUGAGGAGAGUGAUGCUGACCUACUGUACGACCCGGAGAAGGAGUCGUACACCACGCCCUACCUUCUCUACCUGCAGCAGGCCAGAGCCAGGAAAGAGCCCCCAAUCCUUCACAGCAAGAUCCUGGAGGAUGACCUCAUCGAAGACGAGACAGAGAUGGCGGACAGAGCGACAGAGGGACGUGAAGGGGCGAUGGGACGGUCUGGGUACAGAUACAGCGUUCCUGACACGCUCACUAACAGCAAGGAACCCCCUACCUCAGCCUCCAACAGCAAGGAACCCCCUACCUCAGCCUCCAACAGCAAGGAGCACCCUACCUCAGCCUCCAAUAGCAAGGAACCCCCUACUUCAGCCUCCAACAGCAAGGAACCCCCAACCUCAGCUUCUACAAGCAAGGAACCUCCAACGUCAGCCUCUACAAGCAGGGAACCUCCAACAUCAGCCUCCUCGAGCAAGGAACCUCCAACACUGGCCUCACAUGAUGCUUACCAGCAAGACUCCAAAGUUCACUUUAGAAGAGCAUCAAGAGACCUGAGUGAUGAAUCCAACAAAAACGGCACCGGAUAUCACAGAGAAUCUCUUAAACACGUUGGAAUUUCCGGAGAAAUGGAAGAGGAACUCCUGCAGGAGAAAGAUGAGGAUGGUAUCGUGAGUGACCACAACCAGAAGAAGAAAAAGAAGAAGCGGCGGAAGAAAGGCUCUCAUGGUAGGGUGACUAGUGAAGAGUCAGAAGAAGAGAUCCACAAGACAAAGCUGGAGGAACUGAAAAAGUCUAUUGCCCUGCAGCUGUUUCGAGACUUUGCCAAGAAUGUCUUCGCAAAGGAGCACCCAGAGUUCCGGCUCUUCGAGAGCUUCGAAGAGACUGAUAAGUCUAAAGACUCUGAUGUGUCCAAGGCAGUGCAGGACUCUUGAGACUUGCGGUGUUAAUAGGGUAAGAGUUUUUUUUUAUGUUCACAGUAAUGGGUUAUGGUUAUAUGCUCUCUAUAUUAUAGUUAAUUACUCUUAUCUAAUAAACUGUAUUUCGAAAUUACCGUAUUUUCCGGCAUAUAAGGCGCACGACUGAAGUAUCAUAACAAUAAAUCAGUAAUUAUAUUCAAGGGUUACUUACCUUCUUACUUUACACUAAAGCGUUUCUCAAAGCCUACCCUUGACCUUGACUAUACCCUUGACCCUGACUUUGAGCCUACCCUUGACCCUGACAUUAAACAUAUAAGAUACAGGAUGAUUUUCCAAGAUUUUUUGUGGAAAAAAGACGCGCCAUAUAUGCCGGAAAAUACGAUGCUAAAAAUUUAUGAAUGAUAGUAAAGAAAAUAAUUGUGUAAUUACUGGAUCUUUCAAGAGGGUCUUUUGAUACUAUUGAAAGGCUCCUGAUCCAAGCAAUUGGAGCUGCUUUGUAGGUAUGUGUCAACAGCGUCUCCAUGACUCAUCUCUACAAACCUGACACUGGGGAAAGGAAACCUCCAGACAGUACGUCUGAAACUCCAGGACUGUGUUGUCAAUCUUUUAUUAGGAACAUUACUAUUACACUUGGAUAAAGAGAAAGAAUAUUGUGUAUUAAAUAAGAGCUCCAUUACGAUGAAUGUAUUAAAACAGAGAGAACAAUGAACAAAGUGAAAUACGAUACAUACACAAAAAAACAUUUACAAAAACACAAUAAAUAAUACACAAAAAGACGAUUGAAGGCAGACUAAAUAAAACAGUGCAAGUAGUGUACUACACAUUACUAACAAAUCUACAAUACUGAAACCACUGGAACAAUAUUACAUAGGUGCAACCAUUGUAGCCAGUAAGCCUACAUGCCUAGUUCCCAUAGCUUCCCCCAGAGGGCAAGCCUGGUGGGCAUGCCACUUGAAACGGCAUCACCCUGCCUCUCCCUCACUCGGCGCCAAUCCUUCACACAGUCAACAAGGACUACUACUCUCUCCUUCGCUGGGCAUGGCCCCUCCGAACCAUGGGCACAAACACUACCUGUUGUACCCAGAUUUCGCAAAUAAAGUAAGAAGCUUCUGAAGCCUUAUUAUUCAUCCCCGCUAUCAAGAACAACCCAAUAAACUCGUAAACACCAUGUACAUUACAACAUUGAUUCCGAAAGCUAGAACACUGACAAUAACCCGAACAAAUACAAGUCAUUUAAAGAACCUUAUAUACAAGUACUGUCGCCACACCUCCACAAACAAAAUAAUGUUCACGUCAUAUAAUACUGACCAACUUGACACAACAUGGGCGAAAUAAUGAAGUACUGUACAUGAAGGAAGCUCUCUAACUUAUAAUUGUUCUCCUGAACAGAAGCCACAGAUACAGCAAAUCUACGGAGUAUACUUCCCACCCAGGCUUUCUUACAUUUUCACACAUUCUGUGCACAUCAAGCGUCAAUAAUACACAAAUAACCCACACAUAGAGGAGCUUACGACGACGUUUCGGUCCGACUUGGACCAUUUAAAAAGUCCAAGUUGGACCGAAACAUCAUCGUAAGCUUCUCUCUUCUAUGUGUGGGUUAUUUGUGUAUCAUUCCAGUCACAGUAUUGUGCCUUUUAUUUGUUAUUUAUAAGCGUCAAUAUUUUAAGAUUCGAGAAUCUUAGAUGUUGCCUUCUAUUACAACCCAGGAGUCCAAAUGGCCUGUUAUCCUGGGUGUAAAGGGAGCAAAAUAAACACAGCAGAAAAGUUUUGAUUUAUAUUAUCCUUCACCAAUUUAGAACAGCAAUAUGUACAAGGGACAUGAGGAGGAAGCUGCAAAGGAAGAUUGGGCAGCAGAGCUCAUAAAAAGAGAUCAUGAAUGGGAAAAGAAACUAGAAGAACUUAGCAUGAGAAUGGAAGAGAGGAUAGAUAUGGAAAGCAGGAAGUGGGAGGUGCAUGUCAAGGCAGCAGAGGCUAGGAUACAGAGUUUAGAAGAGGAACUGAAAAAUCUGAAACAGCCUAAAGAACUAAAGAACAUUUUGGGAUUGACAACAGA